AUGAGGCUAGAGGCCGCAGCCAGGAUGGAUCUGUUCAGGAAGCUGUGGAAGGCGAGGAAGCUGAUCGUUGUGGUGUUCAUCCCGCUGUCCCUGCUUCCCCUACCGCUCAUCCACCCCACCAGCGAGGCAUGUUGUGCGUACGUGCUGAUGGUGACAGCAGUCUACUGGGUGUCUGAGGCCGUUCCCCUGGGUGCUGCUGCCCUGGUACCUGCGUUCCUCUAUCCACUAUUUGGAGUGCUCAAGUCCAGCGAGGUGGCAGCGGAGUAUUGUAAAGACACCACCCUGCUGCUGAUGGGAGUCAUCUGCCUGGCCGCCUCCAUAGAGAAGUGGAACCUCCACAAACGCAUCGCCCUGCGCAUGGUGAUGAUCGCGGGGGCCAAGCCUGGAAUGCUGGUGCUGGGCUUCAUGUGCUGCACAGUGUUUCUGUCCAUGUGGCUCAGCAACACGUCCACCACAGCCAUGGUGAUGCCCAUAGCCGAGGCCGUCCUGCAGCAGCUGAUCUGCACCGGCCUGGCCGACAGCCACAACGACUCUGAAACCGCUGAGGCCACCGAGGAUGAGGCCGCUGUUUCAGAUAAAGAGGAGAACCUGGACAAGAACCAGUUAGAGCUGCUCUAUCGCAACAACAGCAACGACUGCAGGAAACAAGAGCUCUCUACCCUAAGUGAGGUUCAGCCUGUGGAGCCCAAUGGUUUGGGUUUAAGUCCAAUCUCCAGCCACACCAAUGGACACCUGCCUCAGGUUGCGAUCGAAAUCCCAAACGUGAAGCGGGUGAAGGCCAGGAGAGACUCCCAGUACCCCACCAAGAGGGACCACAUGAUCUGCAAAUGCCUGUCGCUCAGCAUCACCUACGCCGCCACAAUCGGCGGCCUCAUCACCAUCACCGGCACGUCGACCAACCUCAUCUUUGCUGAGCAGUUCAACACUCGUUAUCCAGACGCAAAGGUGAUCAAUUUCGGCACGUGGUUCAUCUUCAGCUUCCCCAUCGCCAUCAUCAUGCUGGUCCUCACCUGGCUCUGGCUGCACUUCCUCUUCCUCGGCUGCAACUUCAGGGAAACGUGCUCGUUAAGUAAGAAACGCAAAACCAGGAGGGAGAUGAUGUCAGAGAAGAGGAUUCAUGAGGAGUACACAAAGCUGGGACCCAUCAGCUACCCAGAGGUGGUGACCGGCGUUUUCUUCAUCCUGAUGACUCUGCUGUGGUUCACCAGAGAGCCUGGUUUCGUACCCGGCUGGACGUCUCUUUUUGAGAAGAAAGGCUACAGGACCGAUGCGACAGUCUCAGUGCUUCUGGGCUUCCUGCUCUUCCUCAUACCUGCCAGGCGACCCUUCUCUUCCUCAUCCUCCUCCAGCUAUAGAAACACAGAUGACGAUGACCCUCUGGCCCCCAUGAUCAACUGGAAGGACUUCCAGAGACUGAUGCCAUGGGAGAUCGUCAUCCUGGUGGGAGGAGGCUACGCACUGGCAGCUGGUUGUAAGGUGUCAGGCCUGUCAGUGUGGAUCGGCAGACAGCUGGAGCCCAUGAGCGGUCUUCCUCCCUGGGCCGUCACCCUGCUGGCCUGCCUGCUGGUGUCGGCAGUCACGGAGUUCGCCUCCAACCCGGCAACCCUCACCGUCUUCCUGCCCAUCCUGUCAGCGCUGUCAGAGACGCUGCAGAUCAACCCCCUCCACACUUUGAUCCCGUCCACCAUGUGCGUGUCAUUCGGGGUCAUGCUUCCAGUGGGGAACCCCCCCAACGCCAUUGUCUUCAGUUACGGCCACGUGCAGAUCAGCGACAUGGUGAAAGCAGGCUUCGGGGUGAACCUGAUCGGCGUGGCGGUGGUGAUGUUGGCCAUCACCACGUGGGGGGUUCCCCUCUUCAACCUGACUGAGUUCCCAGCCUGGGCGGUGGCCAGGAACGUCACCGGGAUCUUAUAACCACCGCUGGGUGGAUGAGAGGGGAUGAAUCGGUGAAAGACGGAGAGAGAGACGGGGCAGUGUUUCUGCGAGGAAAGACAGCAAGAACAUGACACGUGUUAAGAGGACAGCCUUGAGUAAAUCCGUCUCUUAGGCGGAGUGAACUUGACCCGGGGAAGGAGGAUGGAUUGACGGAGGAGAAGAAGAAGAAGAGGAGAGCGAAAAGCUAUUACCUGUUGCUUACAUGUAAUAAUUAGAGUUAUAUAUUUUUUGGCCUUAAGGGGGCGUUACAAGGAACAUAGACUGCCUUUUUAUUAAGUGGCCACUGUGUGGAGCUCCGAUCUCCAGCAGAAACUUGUUUUUUUUUUUUUUUAAACCUCCGUCAAUGAAGUUUGACGGAGAUCCUGUUUUUCACCGAAUCACUGAAGAAAUUACUAAUAAGCUACACACAUAUUUUUGAUCAAGAGCUGAUAUAUAUAUUUUUUUUUUUUUGAAUGAUUUUAGAAACAAUGAUAAGUUUUAAGAGGCUGCCUGGAAAGUCUUAUCAGAGCCACAUCAUGCCUUUUGUAAUCAACUACAUGGCCACUGUAAAAGCUCCUUUUCACUACGUGCCUGCUGAACUGCUGCUGCACCCGUAUUGUACUGGUGGCCUGGUGAGAGGUUUGCUUAGGGGAUUUUAAAUGUAAUUUGGAUGUAUGCUGUCCAGUGUAAAAGACAGAGCCGACCGAUCUAUUAAAGCAAGAUAUAGUGCUUGAAAGGGGCUUCUACUGUGGCUAUUAAUGUAUUGUAUACACGGAGCUAUGUAUCCAGUGUCUGUUUUUAAGAGCAUAGAUAGAAAAGGAUUUAUACUAAGAGAAGUUUAGUUACAAAUUGAAAAGUGCAUACAUUAUCCAUGGAUGUUCUUUGCUGCUAUCUGCAUUGCUUUACAAAUCUAGGCCUCUUAAUGUUUGCCUGAUGUCUUUACCAAAGUUGCUCGAGCUGAUUUUUUUUAUUCCCCCAUCAUACUUUGAUCAUUUAGUGCCUUGCAGGACCACGAGUGCCUUCCCCACAGUAUCGCCCACACUUUUAGCCUGCCUGCCCGACCCUGACAGUGUACCUGUGCAGCAGCGUGGUUCACCACAAAUUCUACAGUGCAGUAGAACGCUUUUUACUGUCCUUUUUUCUCAGACAUCUUCUGGUGCUUAAGAAUGUAAACUGUACUGUAUUUAGGGUACAGGAAGUCAGAGUAUUUUAUGCUGACUUGAUUUCUCUGCCUUCCUCUAUUUGCAGCAUUUCCUGACUGUACCUGCGGUAUGAAAGGCUUGUAGACUUAAGAGAUUAGGAACUCCUGCCAUUUUUCUGUGUAUUAGAAACAAGGCCCCUUAACUGAGCUCCCCAUAAAGGUGCACAUGUGAGAAUUGGCCUCCUCUCAAAUUCAUAUGGAUAGGGUGCAAAUGCUGCUAUCUGUAGAUGCUGUUAGCUAGUUAGCACAGCUCAUCUUGCAGCUCGCUGUCUGGACUGGGAGCUGGAAGUGGUAUUAUGUGAAAGGACAGGCUGGGGCUAUCUGGUUAGCAGGCUUUAUUUAGUUGAUGUCUCUGUUAGACAAUACAUAGAUGUUUUAUAAGAUGUCAAAACUUCUAUUUCUUUACAUUCUAUUGACAAUUUUAGUUGACAUUUACAGGUUUAGGUGAUCUUUUUAACUGCAUUCCUUCAUUUUCUUGACAUAUUGCACCUUUAAAGGUGCACUAUGGUCUCAAUUUGGCUAUGUGGUCCUAUAUUCUUGAAAUGAAGGACUUCUACAUGUGCAGUUUGCCCUCUAAUUACAAGCCUGUUUUGCUCUAAUGUCUACAAAUGCAAACAUAAACAUGAUAUGUAAUACAUGUAAAAGUAAUGUUGCCUAUUCCUGAGCUCUGUCUCUUUUUUUUGUUUAUAGGCCUGUAAAAGUUUGGAUAGUGCACCUUUAAUCAUUUCAUGUCUUCAGUCUGUUAAGAACUUCCGAACCAAAUUCUAAACUGAAGAAAUCUUGGAAAAGUUUACCAGCUGAGGUAAAGAGUUAACUUAAGCCUUAACUUAAACAUUUUAAUGGAUCCAUAGCUACAGUGAUCAUCGCAAAGAAAAUGUACUUCUAUUAAAAUUGUGACAUCACCAUGUCAAGCAACAGGAUGACCAUAUUUGGUCUCUAUUUGUUGUCACCUGGGAGGUGAGAGUUUUUUCCUGGCAUGUGAACGCAGAAAGAUUUGGGAGUCUUUGUUGAACGCAGCAUCCAAAGCCUUUAAGGACGAGAGACAGAGUGAGGUAGCGCAGGGUUGUAUGGUACAGUAGUUUGUUCAAUCAGCUGUCAAAUCACAUUAACUGUUGUCAGGUGGUGGAGAGGUUUAUGUAACAUUCACUGUACUGUGCAAAAAUAUAAGAUGUGCUUUAUAUUUUUACACAUUUUAAAUGUAAUUUGUGACUUUUUUUUUUUAUAUCAUUGCACCUUAAGUGUAGGUCUUAGUGUAGGCAGAAUCAAAAAGCCUACACUUUUAUUUUGUAAUUUAUUCAGUUCUGCUGAAGGUCUCCUACAUCAUACACUGAUGGUGUUGCAGCAGUGACCUUUGACCCAAGGGCCACACACUUUGUAAAUACAUACAGAUUUGUAAUAUAAUGUGCCUUUACCUUUUUCCAAAUGAGUGUAAUAUUCCUAAAUUAUGUGUUAUUCUUUGAU